AUGGUCCCCCCGAAUGAAGCGCAAAUGAAGAACAAAGAUAAUUUACACAGAAAAUGCAAAGACCGAGCUGAGGCCAACUUGGAAGAGUUUAAAAAACAAGCUUACAGUAUGAUUGAAUAUAAAGACAAAAUUAUAAAAAUGUUAUGUGCAAUUCUCGAGGUACAAGGAAUAACAACUUUAGAUUUAAAGAAGUUCAUAUCUGGCCCAAAUUAUCCCAAGGAGAAACCCCGUUGCGAAAGUGGCGAGCAUGAGAUAAAAUCUCAUAAAAGGAGGACAUCUUCAAGAAAGAGAAGAUUAAUAAAAAUUCCUCAUCUUCGAAGCGCAAAGAAGAAGAAAGAACUGAACUUAUUUUCUUCGCCGAAUAAUGUCAAUGAAGAAGGAGAAUACGAAGAUAAAUGUUCAGAUUCUUCCUUAAGUUCCGAUAGGGAAUCCCUAAACGAGACACAGUCCGACAACCCUACGGUGGAAAAUAUGACAAUGAGAGAUUUAUCAGGAAUUAAAACUGAUAUACACGAGGAUAUCAUACCAAGUUAUAGUGAAAAGGAAUAUAGUGCGAAAAACAGUACAGGGGCACAGGAAUCAUUCCGAAAAAAUAAUGCCAAUUUAGAGUCAACGUGUAAAUCUAAUUUCCAAAAGGAUGCUCAAGGAUCCAGGUCCAAAAUGGCGGCAAAAAUGAACGACACAAUUGGAGGCGAAUGCCCACUGUGCCUAAUGCCCAAAACGGAAUCACUCCACGGGAACUUGCCGCCUACCAUUUACAAGCUGAGUUGUGAGCACGUUUUUCAUUUGAUGUGUAUCUACGAAACAGUGAUACGAAGGGAAUGCAGAAAGACGUGCUGCAUUUGUCACAGCGAAAUCGGCGAAGAGGAUAAAAACGAAAUCAUCACUAAGGCGAAGCGCGAAAAAAAAGAAAAUGAAAAAAAAAAUAAACUUAUGUUAAAGGUUAUGAAAUUGCAAGCUGGUAACCAGGAGCAGGCUGAGAAGUGA